UCCUUUGUUACGGCGUGGGGAAAGGAAGGCCACGAGGUUGUUGGAAAUCUUGCCUGGAAGUUGUUGUCGGAACAAUCGCAAAGCGCCGUUCGGAAUAUUCUACAGGAUGUCCCUAUCCCCGACAACUGCACCGCUUGUUCUCCAUUGGGACAAGUUGCGGACUGGGCCGACACAGUCCGGCGUACGCAUGAGUAUUUUUGGAGCGGACCGCUUCAUUACGUGGACAUUAGCCAAGAUGAGUGCCGAUUCGAGUACGAACGGGAUUGCGCAAACGAUAUUUGUGUGGCUGGAGCGGUGGUAAACUAUACACGGCAUCUACAGAAGUUUCGUCGAGAUGAGACUCGUGAAUACGGCGAUGAGCUGCUGGUUCGCGACAGUCUCAUGUUCUUAACUCACUUUGUUGGCGACCUUCAUCAACCUUUACAUGUUUCUCGAUCGUCGGAUCGGGGUGGUAAUUCCAUCCACGUUGUGUACAGCCCCGGAAAUGCAGACACUGCUCCCAAAGACGGACGCUUGGGCUAUCUUCGAGCUGGUCGACACCAUCACGUUGACAAUCUACAUGCCGUUUGGGAUACCGGGAUAAUCGAGACCUGCGUCAAGCUCAACUACAAGGAAUCGAGAGUUCUCUGGGAAAAAGUCUUGUACGAACGCAUUAUACAGGCGCAAGGUACAGGGGAAUGGGACGUAUGGACAUCCUGCCCUAAUGGUGCUCAGCAGACAUGCGUGUCAGAAUGGUCCGAGCAAUCUCUCGAAUACGCCUUGAUAUGGGCGUAUCGGAACGUCGACGGAACCGCCAUCGGUGACGGAACGCAUCUCAGCCAUGCGUACUAUGAAACGCGAUUACCGUUUGUGGAGCAUCAACUUACUGUUGCGGCUGCACGUUUGGCUACGACUCUUGAAAUUUCAUUUACACAAAACGUUGCGUGA